AUGAAUGCCCUGUACAUCUUGUCUGCCUUAUCAUGUCUUUCUGUAACAUGGUCGUCAGGUGACAGCCUUAAUCUCGCCUUUGAGACAGCAGAGAAUACGGAUCUUACCGUUCUUGGCGAAGAAGGGUUGUCAAAGCACGAAGGAGGAUACUCUCUUAAGGUGAAUGAAAAUUGCGACUAUAUCCUGAAGCUUAGUUUCAAAGGGCAUUCAAGUGACAAAAUGGGAAGUGGUGCAAAGGAUUUCGAAGGUGGUUGCGCUCAAAAUUCUGGAUCAACUCUCCUGGAACACAACCGUAACUGGCUUCAGUUCCGAGACUACGUAAAGGAGACGACGGGUUUCGAUCAUGCAUCGUUGUAUCCUAGGCCUUGUGGCUUGGAGCCUUUGGGAAGACGGCAACCAAGAUAUGAUGUGAACUUCUACAAUGUUCCAGCGCAUGUUCGUGCUCUUUGGAAUUGUGAAAUCUUCAGUUUGCCGGAACAAUGUGCAUACAGUCAACCUGAUGCAUUGGGAAGGGGCCACUUUUCUCUCCCAAGGCUUAACAACAAUGUUGACCUCGUUCCAAACACCCCACGGUCGUUUCAACCUUAUCCCAGCUUUCCACAGGCUCUGGCAUACGAGGGAUUGAUGGUUGCCAGACAGGACAAUAUACCACAGACUUAUGAAGACAUGGAUAAUCCCGAAUUUGAAAUGGGAAGCUACGAUGGUGAUAUUACCUCUUUCCGAGCAAUUUUGCCACACCAAUAUGUUAGUGGUAGUGACACUUUCCGGCAUUACUGGGGAUUUCCCGUAUACGAGUACCAGACCCUGCCCUAUCUCCCGCACCUUUGGAACGUCACGUACACCCCAGCCACUGGCAUCAUCGAGGUAUAUAUUCAGGGUAAAGCCCGUCUAUGUGGCGAAGCCUUUGAUGCUGCCAAACAAGAGCAAGAAUCGGAUUGA